ACAAAAUUAAUUACCUUUCACAUAUUGACAUUUGAUAGUUAAGAAACAAUUUAUUGUAAAAAUAAUUAAAACAAAAUAUGAAAAUGAAAAAUAAUUAGAAAAAAUCCAUAUAAACGUGUGAUUCCAAAAUUUGGACAAUUUUAUUUUUUUUUUUCAUCAGAUUUUAAUUUUAUUUAGUUAAAAAAAAUAACAAGGUAAAAAUAACCAUUAUGUCCUCUCUAUCAUCCAAUUAAUCCCAUUUUCACACUUCCAUCAAUAAACACUCUACUCCCAUCUAGUCUACUAAACCCUAAACCCUCCUCCUUCCAAAAGAGGAGUCUACUAAACCCUAACCCUCUCCUUCCAAGAAUGCAGUCUACUAAGCUCUCUCAUUCCAAGGAACAACCCAAAGUUCAAGAUAACAUGGCUAAGGAUAUCAUUAUAAUAGAUUGGCGUAAAAAGAUGGCUCUACCAAGCAUUAAAAAUCAGGGUACAGCAGAGUGUUGCUGGGCCAUUUCAUCUGCAGAUGCAGUUGCAUCAUGUAAAGCACUGCGCGGGACAAGUGUGACGCUCUCCCCGCAACAUCUAAUUGAUGUUGCUUACAUCAACCAUAAGGUUAACGGAAGUUUUCAAGUUUCCUGGGCAAUGGAUUUCAUAAGAGACAGCGGGAUUACACUUGAAGAAUGUUACCCUUUUAAGGGUCAUCCUCAUUUCGACAAAACUAAGAUACCUGAGUUUCAAAAUUUGUACACAGUGGAAAAUUGGGGACUCAUAAGAUAUGACAAUGACAAAAUAAGCGAAAUGCUUAAACAAGGGCCGAUGGUCAUUACCGCUCACUACGACAAAGGUUUACGUAAAUUAGAUGCUAAUAGCAUCUACCGACCAAAUUAUGAACUGGAAGGAGAUGAAGAUUACGGGCAUGCAAUGCUAUUAGUUGGAGAAGGUGUUAGGCUAAUUGGAAAAGACAAGAUUCAUUUGUGGAUAGUGCAGAACUCCUGGGGUGAGAAUUGGGCAGAGAAUGGUUUUGGCAAAAUUGUAAGGAAUUACGAAUUGAAAGUGAGAGGAUACUACCCAAUUCUACAAUGAAGGUGUGUAUUUAGUUAUUAGAUAUGCAUAUAUAUUUAAAGAUUAUACACUAAUUUGUUUUAAAUUUAUAAAAACAGAGAUGCACUGGAUGGCAUUGGAGUGGAGAGAUAUUCUGACAAGUACAAAACCAAACCUUUCAAUAUUGAACCUAACAAAAUGAGCCUAAGGAGUAAACAUAUGUUAUUCUCACUCCC